GUUGAGAGAAAGAGAUGGCUUGUAGAGGACAUUAGUCUUACCAUGACGAGGGUCCUUUAUCUCCUGUUGCUGUGUCAUAGUAAGUAUCUUUUAAUCUACUUUUAAUGUUUUUAUUCAGUAAUUACAACAUGUGUUUACAGUCCUGUUUUCAUGCCCUCACAAUUUUACAUAACAUUACAUGAUAUCAAAGGGAUGAAUAUAUAUACAGUAACGGUAGAAUUCCUCUGAGUGUAUUCAACAUACUUUGUCAUACUUACGCCUGUCUGUGACUACAUAAUGAUAUCAAACCACAACUGUGUUGAUUUUUCCUGAUGAUCAUUCGAAUGAUCAUUAUCAACAGGGUUGCCAUUAUACAUAUACUGUACAUAAAGUAGAUAUAUACCUGCACAGUAUAUCUUACACCACUGUUGAUGACCUAUUUACUGAAUACAGAAUACUAUCCAGUGUACAUCAGGACACAGAAAAUGCUAUUUUCAAGAUGUCUGAGAGGGCUGUUGACCAACAUUAUGAUUUAUCUAGCUAUUUGUUGAAUUUCUUUUCCCAGCAAGUGUCCAGCUUCAGUGUGACAAAACACUCAUCCAGGCCAAUGUCGGAAGUGGAUUCAAUCUGGUCUGCCAGUACCAAACAAACCAGUACCUCUUCAGUAAGAAGUACUGGUGUCGUGGGGAGUCUAGGUCGACCUGUGAUAUUCUAAUGGACACCGAUCGCCUCACCAACAGAGGGCUCAGACACAGGUCCCAGAUCAUAGAUGCACAGCGAAGGGGGUUGGUCAUCAUAAUGACAGAUCUCAAGUUAGAGGAUACUGGAGUGUACUGGGUUGGGAUUGAUAAAAUCUAUGCUGAUAUCAUGACUUCCAUCAAUCUAAUUGUGACAUUUGGUAAGAUUAUUUUUGCUCUUUACCUUUACUGACCAAGUUUCCCCUGCCCCUUUUCUCUUGCAUUAUCCAAAUAACACCUCUCUAUCUCUCUCUCCCAGUGGCAGUGUCCAAACCCAAGGUAUGGCCCCUGAGCUCCAUGGGAAACACUUGCUGGGGCCAGCCUGUGACAGUGCGUUGUGCUAGUGCACAGGGCACAAGUGUCCACUACACCUGGUACCAACCCGCCCAACCCCAGGACAUCCAGUUUCAGAGCUCAGCAGACCUGCACCUACACUGUGGCAUUGUGGAAGAAGACAGCCAGUACUACUGCAGAGCCAGCAAUGAUGUGAGCAGCCAGCAUAGUGGGAUGGUUUCUCUGCAGGUUCUGAAGCCCUUAGAGGAAGACUGCAUCUAUAGUUUUACAAUGGAGGGUGAGUGCCUAGAAAAUAUUUUGUUUGUGGUUGAUUAAGUAGGAACAAAUCAGAGGCAAAACACAUCAGCAAAACUACAUACUAAGUAGACACCCAAGUUAAUGUCUCCUAAACAGGUAGCUUCUCAUGACAAAUAAAGUAUAAUAACUAUUUCCAAUCCAUGCAUAUGUACUUUUCAACACCACCAGGCCAGAGAAGCUAUGACUGUAGUGACAGACUGAAGACAAGCACAGCCACAACUCUGCGUUCUACUGGCCAUCUCACAGAAGAACCCUAUCACCCUGGAACCAACAGCAACCUGUCCUCAACAAUCAACCAAAUACACCAGGACUGGAGCUACAGUAGGUCAGAACCUCUGUGUAACCUCUAUGUAACCUCUGUUUAACCUCUAUGAAACCUCUGUGUAUCCUCUGUGUAACCUCUGUGUAAUCUCUGUGUUUAUCUAUUUCCACAAGAUCCACAUUAGCACACCUUGAGCUGAAGCCUGUUACCCAGUAACAUAAUGUGACAUGUCUUGAAGAAGCAGUGCAGCUACACUUCCUUUGCUGUGGUCAAUCUGUCAGCAUGUUACGUAUCUGUCUGUUGUUUGAUGGCAGUGUAGAAAAAGUUUCCAUAAAGAGGCACAGUGCAGUAGCGCUAUUAAAAGGUUGUAGAGGUUUUAGGUGUCCAUUUCCAAGUACAGGAUGUACUGUGCACUCUUAAAAACUAUACUGUGUAUGCUGCUGUGGAAGUUAGAUCUGAAGACUACUAAAUCAAAUCAAAUCAACAGGUAGUGUUGUAUUCACCUUACAGUGAAAUGCUUACUUACAAGCCCUUAACCAACAAUGCAGUUUUAAGAAUGAAUACCAAAAAAAAUCACACAAAAAAUACUAUAUAAAAUAAUACAAAAUAAAAGUAAGAAAUAAUUAAAGAGCAGCAGUAAAAUAACAAUAGCGAGGCUAUAUACAGGGGGUACCGGUACCGAGUCAAUGUGCGGGGGCACCGGUUAGUUGAGGUAAUUGAGGUAAUAUGUACAUGUAGGUAGAGGUAUUAAAGUGACUAUGCAUAGAUAAUAAACAGAGAAUAGCAGCAGCGUAAAAGGGGGGGGGGGGGGGGGGGGGGGGGGGCAAUGCAAAUAGUCUGGGUAGCCAUUUGAUUAGAUGUUUAGAAGUCUUAUGGCUUGGGGGUAGAAGCUGUUUUGAAGCCUCUUGGACCAUAUUCAAAUGUAGAAGCAGAAUAAUCCAGGAGACGGAGCGGGCAGCGGAGGUGAGUUGGUGGGAGUGAAUAGGCAGAUCCAAUGAUGGCACAGAAGCCACCGACGACCAGGCAGGGGUGGGGUGAAUGUUCCGGGAGAAUGACUGUAGACAGAGUAAACGAAGGUAAGUACACGGCAAGCAAAAAGUACAAAACAACAAAACUAACUCUAGUAACUUUGAGGCUGAUACGCUGACACAACAUACUGUUAAUGGCUAACGAUCCGGCAGGGAAUGGAUGUCAGGUCAGAGCUUAUGAAGAGGUGAUGAUCAGGACCAGAUGUGCAGACAGCUGAUGAGAUGCAGGUGCGGGUAAUCGAGAGAUCUCCCGCCUAGCUUCGUCGCCCGGCAACCAGACAGGGUGCGUUCAGGAACCUUCAGGAAACAGACUCCAAGACAGAAAACCGGCAACUCAGGCAGAAACAGACUCAGGAAGCGGGAUUCAUGACAGAUAGCAUCACUGGAGGCACCGAUUGAGUCGGUCUCCGCGUGUAUGGGGGGUGGGACAAAGGAGCUAUCUAAGGCAGGUUUAGCUGGGCUGGGGGAUCUACAGUGAAAUAGUACAAUAAGAAAUAACCGAAACAGCAAUAAGUAAGGCAUAUUGACAUGGGAGAGAGGCAUAAAGCAAUCACAGGUGUAAUUCGAGAGAGCUAAGACAACAGCUGGUAAUGGCGACAAAGUUUGGGCUGAGGCUAAACAUAAACAGGAUGCGGUACCGUAAAAAGGAACAGUCCAGUAGGCAUCAGCUGUAUAGCUGAGUUAUCAUAAGGUUCGGUGAACAGCAAUAGGAUACAGUGAGGGAAAAAAGUAUUUGAUCCCCUGCUGAUUUUGUAUGUUUGUCCACUGACAAAGACAUGAUCAGUCUAUAAUUUUAAUGGUAGGUUUAUUUGAACAGUGAGAGACAGAAUAACAACAAAAAAAUCCAGAAAAACGCAUGUAAAAAAUGUUAUCAAUUGAUUUGCAUUUUAAUGAGGGAAAUAAGUAUUUGACCCCUCUGCAAAACAUGACUUAGUACUUGGUGGCAAAAUCCUUGUUGGCAAUCACAGAGGUAAGACGUUUCUUGUAGUUGGCCAUCAGGUUUGCACACAUCUCAGGAGGGAUUUUGUCCCACUCCUCUUUGCAGAUCUUCUCCAAGUCAUUAGGUUUUCGAGGCUGACGUUUGGCAACUCGAACCUUCAGCUCCCUCCACAGAUUUUCUAUGGGAUUAAGGUCUGGAGACUGGCUAGGCCACUCCAGGACCUUAAUGUGCUUCUUCUUGAGCCACUCCUUUGUUGCCUUGGCCGUGUGUUUUGGGUCAUUGUCAUGCUGGAAUACCCAUCCACGACCCAUUUUCAAUACCCUGGCUGAGGGAAGGAGGUUCUCACCCAAUAUUUGACGGUACAUGGCCCCGUCCAUCGUCCCUUUGAUGCAGUGAAGUUGUCCUGUCCCCUUAGCAGAAAAACACCCCCAAAGCAUAAUGUUUCCACCUCCAUGUUUGACGGUGGAGAUGGUGUUCUUGGGGUCAUAGGCAGCAUUCCUCCUCCUCCAAACACGGCGAGUUGAGUUGAUGCCAAAGAGCUCGAUUUUGGUCUCAUUUGACCACAACACUUUCACCCAGUUCUCCUCUGAAUCAUUCAGAUGUUCAUUGGCAAACUUCAGACGGGCCUGUAUAUGUGAUUUCUUGAGCAGGGGGACCUUGCGGGCGCUGCAGGAUUUCAGUCCUUCACGGCGUAGUGUGUUACCAAUGGUUUUCUUGGUGACUAUGGUCCCAGCUGCCUUGAGAUCAUUGACAAGAUCCUCCCGUGUAGUUCUGGGCUGAUUCCUCACCAUUCUCAUGAUCAUUGCAACUCCACGAGGUGAGAUCUUGCAUGGAGCCCCAGGCCGAGGGAGAUUGACAGGUCUUUUGUGUUUCUUCCAUUUGCGAAUAAUCGCACCAACUGUUGUCACCUUCUCACCAAGCUGCUUGGUGAUGGUCUUGUAGCCCAUUCCAGCCUUGUGUAGGUCUACAAUCUUGUCCCUGACAUCCUUGGAGAGCCCUUUGGUCUUGGCCAUGGUGGAGAGUUUGGAAUCUGAUUGAUUGAUUGCUUCUGUGGACAGGUGUCUUUCAUACAGGUAACAACCUGAGAUUAGGAGCACUCCCUUUAAGAGUGUGCUCCUAAUCUCAGCUCGUUACCUGUAUAAAAGACACCUGGGAGCCAGAAAUAUUUCUGAUUGAGAGGGGGUCAAAUACUUAUUUCCCUCAUUAAAAUGCAAAUCAAUUUAUAACAUUUUUGACAUGCGUUUUUCUGGAUUUUUUUGUUGUUAUUCUGUCUCUCACUGUUCAAAUAAACCUACCAUUAAAAUUAUAGACUGAUCAUUUCUUUGUCAGUGGGCAAACAUACAAAAUCAGCAGGGGAUCAAAUACUUUUUUCCCUCACUGUAGUUCAGAGGUAGUUCAGGGGCUGCUAUAGCACUAGCGAGCAAGAGGCCACGGCUAGCGUGUGCUAGCGGGCCGGGGCUAGUAGAUGGAUCUUCGUGGUCGACGUCGUAACGUGAAGCCUGUUGUAACCACAUCAUACGAUUUUGUCGGCAGACCAGUCGUGUUGGAUCGUCGGGGCUCCGUGUCAACACUAGGAGGUCCCGUCCGGUUGACAGAGAGGUAGAUAGCCGGGAGAUGGGCCUGGCUCAAGGCUAACUCAGGGCUGAUUAGCCAACCACAAACGUCCAUUUGGUUGCAACUAGCUAGUAGCGAUGAAUCCGGUGUUAAAGGUCCAGUGAUUCAGUGAUUCCGGCAGAAAAACCGAUAUGUUCAGGGUCGAUAACGUGCUGUGCAGACAGUGCAGACUGGCCGAAUAAUAAUCCAGGCUAGAGCUGGCUGGCUGGUAGGUAGUGCAGGCCACGGCCACGGACAAUGGUGAAGACCGCUAACGGUGGCUAAUAGCAAGUAGCUAGUUAGCUGGCUAGCGAUGAUCCGGUGUUAAGGUCCAGUGAUUCAGUGGUUCCGGCAGAAAAUCCGAUAUGCUCUGGCUCGAUAGCGUGAUGUGCAGACUGUGCAGACUGGCCGACAAUUGUCCAGGCUAGAGCUGGCUGGUAGGUAGGUAGUGCAGGCCACGGCCACGGACAAUGGUGAAGACCGCUAACGGUGGCUAAUAGCAAGUAGCUAGUUAGCUGGCUAGCUGGCUAGUUUCAGCCAGAGGUUCUGGAUGAAAAUGUAUGAAGAAACAACAGAAUCCGUUCCACAUUGGGUGAGGUGGGUUGCAGGAUAUGAGGUAACAACAGGGCCUGGCCUAUGUUAUAAGUGUACAAAAUAAAGUACAAAGUGUUUAUUAGGUGUUCAGCCUAUUAAAAGGUGCUUAAAAUGAUUAAAAUACAAAACAGUGAUUGUGAUUGUGUUGAAUUGUGAUUGGGAAAUAAAGAUAAGGGCCUCCCGAGUGGCGCAGCGGUCUAAGGCACUCUAUCGCAGUGCUAGAGGCUUCACUACAGACCCGGGUUUGAUCCUGGGCUGUAUCACAACUGGCUGUGAUCGGGAGUCCCAUAGGACGGCGCAAAAUUGGCCCAGUGUCGUCCGGGGUGGGGGGCUUUACUUGGCUUAUCGUGCUCUAUCGACUCCUUGUGGCGGCCGGAAGCCUGCAGGCUGACCUCAGUCAUCAGUUGAACAGUGUUUUCUCCGACACAUUGGUGCGGCUGGCUUCUGGGUUAAGCGGGCGGGUGUUAAGAAGCGCGGUUUGGCGGGUCAUGUUUCAGAGGACACAUGACCCGACCUUCGUCUCCAAUUGCGGAGAAAAAUACAACAACAACAAAAAAUAUAAAUAAAGAGAGUCGCACACUCUAAUACAGUUGAAGUCGGAAGUUUACAUACACUUAGGUUGGAGUCAUUAAAACUUGUUUUUAAACCACUCCACAAAUUUCUUGUUAACAAACUAAAGUUUUGGCUAGUCGGUUAGGACAUCUACUUUGUGCAUGACAGAAGUAAUUUUUCCAACAAUUGUUUACAGACAGAUUAUUUCACUUAUAAUUCACUGUAUCACAAUCCCAGUGGGUCAGAAGUUUACAUACACUAAGUUGACUGUGCCUUUAGCUUGGAAAAUUCCAGAAAAUGAUGUCAUGGCUUUAGAAGCUUCUGAUUAUAAUUAUAAUUUGAGUCAAUCGGAGGUGUACCUGUGGAUAUAUUUCAAGGCCUACCUUCAAACUCAUCAUGGGAAAAUCAAAAGAAAUCAGCCAAGACCUCAGAAAAAAAAUAGUAGCAAUUUCCAAAUGCCUGAAGGUACCACGUUCAUCUGUACAAACAAUAGUACGCAAGUAUAAACACCAUGGGACCACGCAGCCGUAAUACCGCUCAGAAAGGAGAUGCAUUCUGUCUCCUAGAGACGAACGUACUUUGGUGCGAAAAGUGCAAAUCAAUCCCAGAACAACAGCAAAGGACCUUGUGAAGAUGCUGAAGGAAACAGGUACAAAAGUAUCUAUAUCCACAGUAAAACGAGUCCUAUAUCGACAUGACCUGAAAGGCUGCUCAGCAAGGAAGAAGCCACUGCUCCAAAACUGCCAUAAAAAAGCAGACUACAGUUUGCAACUGCACAUGGGGACAAAGAUCGUACUUUUUGGAGAAAUGUUUUCUGGUCUGAUGAAACAAAAAUAGAACUGUUUGGCCAUAAUGACCAUUGUUAUGUUUGGAGGAAAAAGGGCGAAGCUUGCAAGCCGAAGAACACCAUCCCAACCGUGAAGCACGGGGGUGGCAGCAUCAUGCUGUGGGGGUGCUUUGCUGCAGGAGGGACUGGUGCACUUCACAAAAUAGAUGGCAUCAUGCGGAAGGAAAAUGAUGUGGAUAUAUUGAAGCAACAUCUCAAGACAUCAGUCAGGAAGUUAAAGCUUGGUCGCAAAUGGGUUUUCCAAAUGGACAAUGACCCCAAGCAUACUUCCAAAGUUGUGGAAAAUGGCUUAAGGAUAACAAAGUCAAGGUAUUGGAGUGGCCAUCACAAAGCCCUGACCUCAAUCCUAUAGAACAUUUGUGGGCAGAACUGAAAAAGCGUCUGCGAGCAAGGAGGCCUACAAACCUGACUCAGUUACACCAGCUCUGUCAGGAGGAAUGGGCCAAAAUUCACCCAACUUAUUGUGGGAAGCUUGUGGAAGGCUACCCGAAACGUUUGACCCAAGUUAAACAAUUUAAAGGCAAUGCUACCAAAUACUAAUUGAGUGUAUGUACACUUCUGACCCACUGGGAAUGUGAUGAAAGAAAUAAAAGCUGAAAUAAAUCAUUCUCUCUACUAUUUUCUGACAUUUCACAUUCUUACAUUAAAGUGGUGAUCCUAACUGACCUAAGACAGGGAAUUUUUAACUAGGAUUAAAUGUCAGGAAUAUGAAAAACUGAGUUUAAAUGUAUUUGGCUAAGGUGUAUGUAAAUUUCCAACUUCAACUGUAUAUAAACUCCCAGUAAUUUAUUGGUGUUUUCCCAAUAAAAUACUGGGAGUUUAUAUAUAUAGAGUGUGCAAAUCUCUUUACUUAUUUUUAUAGCUUACAGUUUGUUCGCCGUUAGUCAUCACUCUACACUGAAGCUCAUGCUUUCUAUUAGGGAAAUAAAGAUAGACAUGGUUUUAAAAUGUAUUGGUAAUAUUUCAUUCAGUACAGAAAUGUCCUUACUCCAGUGGCUGUUGAUGGACAGGGUCAGCAUAGGCCUUGCUGCUUUGCCUAGCUUCAUUUAUUGAGCCAAUUUCAUAUUUUGCUUAUGUGCAUUGCCUAAACAUGUUGUGUGGGUAAUCCUGGGGUAAGCGCAGCACAUUUGAGCAUGUCUACAUAAUUUGGCGCUGAAUGACGCUAGCUAGCUAGGAAAAACAACCUGAUAAAUGGACACUAUACUGCACCUCAAAGAAGGCUACAAGCUCAUGUAAAGGUGGCAACUGAACUAUGUGGAGUUAUUGUAUAGGCUACCUUUGCUGAAAAAGAUGAAAGGUUAUCUAGACACUUGGAGACUUCCACCGUGUUUGGUUGCUAGGUGAAGACAGGUUCCUGGGUCCAGAGCAUUUGAAAAUGACUGCCCCCUCUCACUGAAGCCACGGUACUGCAGGCAUUGUUAGCAGAAAACAGGAGAUGUGGAGAUGGGAGAACCUUCCAGAAGGACAACAAUCUCUGCAGCACUCCACCAAUCAGGCCUUUAUGGUAGAGUGGCCAGACGGAAGCCACUCCUCAGUAAAAGGCACAACAGCCCGCUUGGAGUUUGCCAAAAGGCACCUAAAGGACUCUCAGACCAUGAGAAACAAGAUUCUCUGGUCUGAUGAAACCAAGAUUGAACUCUUUGGCCUGAAUGCCAAGCAUCACAUCUGGAGGAAACCUGGCACCAUCCAUAUGAUGAAGCAUGGUGGUGGCAGCAUCAUGCUGUGAGGAUGUUUUACAGCAGCAGGGACUGGGAGACUAGUCAGGAUCGAGGGAAAGAUGAAUGGAGCAAAGUCCUGCUCCAGAGCGCUCUGGACCUCAGACUGGGGCGAAGGUUCACCUUCCAACAGGACAACGACCCUAAGCACACAGCCAAGACAACGCAGGAGUGGCUUCGGGACAAGUAUCUAAAUGUCCUUGAGUGGCACAGCCAGAGCCCGGACUUGAACCUGAUCGAACAUCUCUGGAGAGACCUGAAAAUAGCUGUGCAGCGACGCUCCCCAUCCAACCUGACAGAGUUUGAGAGGAUCUGCAGAGAAGAAUGGGAGAAACUCGCCAAAUACAGGUGUGCCAAGCUUGUAGCGUCAUACCCAAGAAGACUCGAGGCUGUAAUCGCUGUCAAAGGUGCUGCAACAAAGUACUGAGUAAAGGGUCUGAAUACUUAUGUAAAUGUGAUAUUUCCGUUUUUAAUUUUUAAUAAAUUUGCAGAAAUGUAUAAAAACCUGUUUUUGCUUCGUUUUUAUGAGGUAUUGUGUGUAGAUUGAUGAGGAAAACAAACAAUUUUUAAGAAUUUAAGAAAAUGUGGAAAAAGUGAAGGGGUCUGAAUACUUUCCGAAUCUACUGUAGAAUGAAUGGUGUCACGUGAUCAAUAGCUUUGUCCAUUUAUACAGUCAUUGGUCCAGAGUGAUGGGUGAUAUGUCGGUAAGUUGGCCAGCACUUCAGUGGUAUGGCUGUGCUUGUCUUUGUUAACUAUGCACACUGAUACUCCAACACACAUACAAAACACACUCCAUCAUUUGCUCACACACAUAAAAUAUGCACAUACAUUUAUACUGACUCGAAACACACCCACUCACAUCCAAUCAUCAUAUACGCUGCUGCUACGAUGGUUAUCAUAUAUCCUGAUGCCUAGUCACCUUACCCCUAUACAUACUGUAUCCAGCAUCCCUGCACAUUGUAAAUAUGGUACUGGAACUGACCCUGUAUAUAGUAUUCUUACUUACUUUAUUGUGUUCUUCUUAUUUCUUAUUUUUAUAUCUUGUAUGUUUUUAUUCUACCUUGUUAUUUUUAGUUUUACAUUGUUAUUGAUUACUGCAUUGUUGGGGUUAAAGCUAGCAAGAAAGGCAUUUCACUGUAUUUGUGCAUGUGACAAUAAAACUAACAUAUCAUGUGCCGUUAGACUUCCUUUGCAGUGGUCAAAUGUGGUCUGUUGUUUGAUUGCAGUGUAGUGAACGUUUCCAGAGAGGCACAGUGCUGUAGUGCUGUGAAGAGGUUGUGGAAAGUUGCAUAGGUAUAGAUUAAGGUGUCAAUUUUCAAAAACAGGAUGUACUGUGCACUCUUAACAAUUGCACUGUGUAUGCUGCUGUGGGAAUGAAAUCUGAAGACUACUACUGUAUGUAAUGUAGAAUUUCAUUUUCAAAGAGCGAUUUUCAAUCAUAACUCUUCUUGUUUAUUUUUCAGGGCAUGGACAGAGUUGCCUGUUUGGUAUGAGGUCCUGCGCUGGCUUUUCCUGGCUACUCUGAUAGUAGCUGUUUGUCUUGUGAACAAGUGCAGACCUACACAAGUGUGAUCCAACAGUCUCUAUGACAACAACAAGUUUCCUUUGGCAAACUGACCACUUUGUUUCACCUUAGUCGCAGAUAUGUAUGUAUGUGCUUUAGCUAACUCCUUUGUCAUUUUGUCAUAUAACAACAACAUCCUUCAUAGACAUUGAAAAUAUAGAAUUGGCUAACUACAUCAAGGUAAAUAGGUUUAUCUACUUACCUAUACAAAGGGUGAAGGUGGGAUUAUAUUAUGUCAAAUUAUAUUUUCUUACUGACACACAAGAAUAGUUGAAGUAAAUGUGCCUGUGAGGAUGUGAAGAGCUACAGUUAGCCACAGGAGGGCAGUAAUGAUUGUGUUAUGGAAGUUUGAAACGUCACAUGUUCAAUAUGGCUUACAUUAUGAAAGGACUUUAAGUGAUAUCAUGGUAUCCUAAAAUUAACAUUUGUAUUUCUUAUCAUAAUGACACAUAAUCAAAUAAUUGCUCAGUAAUAUCGUUUCUUUACAGGGAGCCGGGAGUGUUUACCAGAGACAGAUACUAACUCCCUGCCCAACAGCCACUGUAUUAAUAAGAUAAACCAUAUCUAGUGUGACAUUAAAACAGGAAGACCCCUCCCUUCCUGUGAAUGAUAUCAUGAAAUAAACAAAUAUUACUUUAUGAGUCAGG